AUGGGAUCCAGGAACAGCAGCGCUGAGCAUGAAGCACCUUCAGCCACCCGCAGGCGCAGCCUGCACCACCGCAGGCCCGGCUGCUCCAAAGGCGAUGCCCCUGGCGCGCAGGUGCGGGCCUGCUGGUGCGCGAAUGGAUUGGGAUUCAUUGUGUAUCACCCGGCGGCGGUGGGACAAUUCGGGAUGGAGCUGCUGCAGCAGCAGAUGUUUACCUGGGUUUAUGUCAAUCUGAAUCAGAACAGUCCACAUAUUUUAUGUCUGAGAAAUCAUCUGUGAAACUUAGAACUGAUUGAUCCAGUAUUCUAGUGGAAUGAGCCACGUGGUGGUCUUUCUUCAGAAAAUAGCAGUGUGCACAUAUAACCAACAGGAACUUUAAUACUGAGACACUUCAACUUGAGUGGAAUUUAUACUUGUUCCAUUGUUUAUAAGCUAACAGAAAUGCAACUUGAUAAAAAACUCAUAAUAAAAUACCUUAUUUGUGCUUAAUUUGAUCAUAAAAAUUACUGUGAGUUCACAGCCCGAUAUCAUGCAGCCCCCUGCAACAGUUCUCAUAACUUUGAGAAAGCAUUGCUUCAGAUACUAAGCAAACUUGUUGCUGAACUUUCUUGUGAGGUUAUAUUAAUUAAGUCAGAAUGCCAUCAUGUAAAAAUGUAGAGAGGAGGUCCACAGAAUGAAAUCUUUUUUACAUUUUCAGGAAAAACACCUUAUAGAGAUAUUUUUUUUAAUCAACAAAUGGAAGUUAACAGGAAAAGUUCUAAACCAUUGCCUGAAAUAUACUACAUUGAGGGGACUCUGUAAAUGGUAUGGGUUGAUUGCUGCUAUCUAGGGUAUGGAAUGAAUGCUCUAAUACAUCCAGACUGUCCAGAGUGUUGUGUUGUAUGCAGCCCAGGAUCGUAUAAACCUAGUAAUGGAAUUCACUCCCUUUGGUGCAAUAGCAGUUUGGUAUAUGGAGCUACAAAAUGCUAA